AUGCGCCGUUCGUUUUGUUUAUUAGGUGUGUGGGGCGUGCUGCAUGAGGAACUAAGCAAGAUCCCCACCAUACUGCGUUUUUAUGCAAAUGCGUCUGUUAAUGCCGCAACGAAAGCCUGCCAGUCGAUGAAAAACGCCUACACAGACGAAAGCCCUGAAAUGUCCGAGAAGCGUAAACGGCAUCGUGAGGCCUAUGAGGAGAUUAUGCGGCAACAACAGCAGCAGGCAAAAGAUGCGUCUGAGGAUG